UACCAUAGUUUCUUAUUUACAGUAACGGCCUGGCAGGAGACAUAUUUUAGAAGACAGAUUGGAUAUCAGCAGGCCAGCUAUGUGACACUCAAGAUGAAGAAGUUUUUUCAAAACAAAAAGGACAGAGACUCUUUUUGGCAGAACAAACGGGGCCCCAACAACAAACCUUAAAACUCAUGCACAAAGAAACUAAAUCAAAGAAUAAUUAAACACAGACCUCAAGAAACAUGAUAACAGAAUAAGACAUACGACAAUCUACAGAGAUUAGACGAUACAACAAAAGGCACAAGAGUUAAAUGAAAUGAUCAAGACAAGGGCAACAUAUAACAACAACACAUGAAGCAGCUAUAAGCAACUAUAACCAUCACACAUUUACCAUCACAGGUGUCAAAAACUCCCCGUCUCCUGUGUUUAUCAGAAAUCUGUCUUGUUUUCAGAUUGAAGAGAUGUGAUGCAUUUUUAAGCUUUCACUUGGAUUCAGGAGGUCAGUUUAUAAAAUGAAAAUACUCCAAGUCGGACAAAAAUUAAAAAAUCAGACCACUUGAGAAGACUGCAGUGUUUUCAACAUUUUGCCUGCAGUGCGUAUAUAAGUAAGUAACUUACUCGCAGUAGUAUUGUUUUCUCACUGUCACUGCAAUCCAGGUGCUCCACACAAUGCAACAAGGCAUCACAAGUCACCUGUUGGAUCUGGUUGCCGACAUGGCCCGGCACUCAUAUUACAGCUCACAGUGCUGGAGAGGGGACCAUUACGCAGAAGCCCAGCGUGCACAUUUAUGGAUGCUGCUUAAAAAGUCCUCAGCAUGCCAUCGUCCAACCAGGGUUGGCCUGAGGAGUUUGGCUUCCAGCUGGGUGGGAAUGGACCCAGCUACAUCCUCUCUGUGGAGGAAGGCAGCAGCGCCCACCUAGCGGGGUUGCAGGCUGGGGACCAGGUCCUGGAGAUUGAGGGCCACAAUGUGUCAACUUUGGGUCCGCAAGCUGUCAUCGCCAUCGCUCAGACUCAGAAGAACAUCCCUCCCAGUAUCGGAGUGGUGUCUCGCAUACAGCAGAUGGACAUUAUACCAGGUCCAGACGGUCGUUUCGGGUUCACCAUCGUGGGAGACUGCCCCCUGCUGGUGGAGGACUGCUCGCCUUGCUCUCCAGCCGGCCGUGCAGGUCUUAGGGUUGGGGAUUAUGUAAUGGAGGUCAAUGGCAUCCCCGUCAGGCAGCACGAGACGGCCGCAGCGCUGAUCAAGGCCUCCCAGGGGAGGACACUCCGUCUGGGGGUGCUGUGCCUCGGGCCAAGGCAGAAACACAGCAUCAGCAUAGAGGAGAGUCAGAUGGGCGGAGAGGGCGCAAGACUGGACCGCAAACAUAAAGCUCUGGAGUUCAACAGGAAGGUGGAGCAGAUUUUAGGCGAUGAACCUGAAGUGAAAGAGAAACUCUUCACUGUGCUGAAGCAGUAUGCAGCUGAGAAGAGAGUUGAGUGGUUGGCCUCGGCCCUGACCAACAUACUCACCACGGAUGAGCAUCGACAGCUCAUCUCCAGCAUCAGAAUCUUCAUUCCCAAGAAGCACCGGCAGCGCUUCGACGACGCAGUCUCCCAGAAUGUGAUCAACCGGCUCUGCCGCAGCAAGAGCAUCAGCGAGCCGCAGGGCAGACUCCGGCGCAGUCGGAGUGAGGAUCACUCCGAUCGCCACCACGGGUCCAAACGGGCCAGCUCAGUGCCCAGAGAUGGAGAACCAGGAGGGAGGGGUGAAGCAGAGAGAGAGAGGGGCUUAAGGAAGUCUGUCUCUGGGAUACCUGCGCAUCCCCCCAUCGGACCCAAUCAGAGGAUCAUUCGGGUCUACAGGGGGAAGAAGAGCUUCGGCUUCACACUGCGGGGUCACGCACCCGUCUGCAUCGACUCCGUCAUCCCAGAUAGUCCUGCUGAGGAAUGUGGACUGAAACCAGGCGACCGUAUCCUCUUCCUCAAUGGACUGGACAUGAGGAACUGUUCCCAUGAGAAGGUGGUGUCCAUGCUGCAGGGCAGCGGGGCGAUGCCCACUCUGGUAGUGGAGGAGGGUCCGUCUGAGUACUCCUCAGACCAAACCGACCCAGAGGAAUCUCCAAGCCUGGCCCCCACCACGUUGCCACGCUCCAGGUCUCCAGCCCUCAGUUCUCUGCAGUGGGUGGCAGAGAUUCUUCCGCCGAGCAUCAAAGUCCACGGGCGGACCUUCAGCCAGCAGCUGGAACACCUGCUGACCAUCCAGGAGCGGUACACAGUCUGCAAGUCCCUGGAGACGUUCUUCCAGCACAGGAAUGUGGACACUCUGAUAGUAGACGUGUUUCCAGUGUUGGACACUCCUGCCAAACAGCUGAUCUGGCAGUUCAUCUACCAGCUACUGACCUACGACGAACAGGAGCGAUGCCAGGGCAAGCUGUCGCGCUUCCUGGGUUUCAAGAGCAGUGGCGUGUUAGAGCCUGACGCAGGUCUGGAGCACCACCGGCGGAGCAGCUCCAUGCGCGUGACGGGGACGUCGUACCGCAGCAUCGCGCGAGAGAGGAGCUCUGACGACUGCAUCAUCGGGACUCACCUGGGAAUGGGAAUUCAUGUGGAUGAAUCUGGGAGCCCGGAGGAGAGGCAGUCAGGAGAUGGAACCUCCUUCCCCGAGUCCCCUGACCUCAAUCAUAUGACAGGUGUGUACACGGAGCUGGAGAAUGUGUACGCAGGGAAGAGUGUGUCGCCACUGCAGGGUGUUUCCUCAGCAGAGCCCGAGGGGCCGGGACAGACUGAGGCCUACGGGCGCUCUCUCUCCCCCCUCACACUCCCCCCUCUCACAGGUAGCCGUAAAAGCGGCCUGUCCCUUUCCUGGAAAGAGCCUCUCCCCACUCCUGUGUAUGAGAUCCACCACCAGAGCAGCGUGGACUCUAACCCUUACGUCAGCCUGGAAAGCCCUCCGGCCUCCCCUCAGCACUCGGAUGGCGGUGCCAACACACUGAACCGCCGCAAGAAGCUGUUCACCUUCUCCCGCCCGCCUCGCAGCCGGGACACAGACAAGUUCCUGGACGCUCUGAGUGAGCAGCUGGGCCACCGGGUCACUCUGGUGGACGACUUCGUACCUGGGGAGAACGACUAUGAGGAGAUGAGUUUCCAGGAGGAUCAGGACCUGGGCUUCAUGCCUCGGCAGCUUAGCAGUGGCAGCAGUGAGGAUCACAGCAGCAGCGACGAGGCCUCUUCUCCGUGCUACUCCUCAGGCUCUGAACCCAUCCCACCACCUCCCACUCAGAGCCCCCCUCCUCCCCCGCCUUUCCAGGCUCUAAUACCACCUCCUGUCCAGUUCACUGACCCCCUGCCGCCAGUCCGCUUCUCCCCUGAGCAUGUCCCGCGCAGCCGGAUGCCCUUCCAGCCGCACCACCCCAUCAUCCCUCCUCCCCCGCCCCCUCUCAGAACCCUCCUGUCCAGCCGCUCUCCUCUACACAAAGGGCUCCCCACCAGAGAAGAAGCAGAGAAAACUCACCACCGCUUCCAGGCCACCUCCACCCGCCUCUCGCACGGCCACACCACCCUGGGUUCCUCCACCCUACGCUCCUCCCAGCCAUCCCGCCCUAGCUACCUCCCCCGGCAGCUUAGCCAGCCCCAGCCUAUCCAGCAGCCGUCCCCGCAGCCGUCCCCUCAGCCGCUGAGACCGAGCCAGCUCGUCCUCCAGAGGCACCACCAGCUCCACCACCAACACAGCUACCAGGGCCCGCUGCCGCCAUCCCUCCAGGAUCACAGCCUGUCCCAGUGUCACAGCCAAGGCCCCGCCGGCUCCUCGCUGCUCUCCAAGCCUCCAGCUUCUCACUCCACCCUCCCCACUCACACUAAAACCUAUGAAACCCCACGGCAAGAGCACCAAUCUCAACAGGCACCGCCGCCGCCACCUCCACCCCUGCCCCCACCCUGUGACCCUCCUCCACUGCCCAAGCCGGGCCACCACGCCUCGGACACCAACCACAUGAGUGUGAAGAGGCUGCGUUGGGAGCAGGUGGAGAACUCCGAGGGAACCAUAUGGGGUCAGCUCGGGGAGGAUACAGACUAUGACAAGCUCACUGACAUGGUGAAGUUCAUGGACCUUGAUCUGCACUUUGGGACUCAACGGAGAUCCAUCUCUCCUCCAGAGCCCGCCUUCAUGCCAGAGAACUUUAAAAAGAAAGACGUGGUGGAGAUUCUGUCUCAUAAGAAAGCCUACAAUGCCUCCAUCCUCAUCGCCCAUCUGAAGCUCUCCACCAACGAGCUGCGUCAGGUCUUGAUGAACAUGACCACCGAUCGUCUGGAGCCCGCUCACAUCAAGCAGCUGCUGCUCUACGCUCCCGACGAUGACGAGGUCAAACAGUACGAGAAGUUUGAACAGGACCCGGCCAAACUGAGCGAGCCCGAUCAGUUCAUUUUCCAGAUGCUGAUGGUGCCAGAGUAUAAGACCCGUCUGCGGAGCCUCCACUUCAAGAUGACCCUGCAGGAGAGGACGGAGGAGAUGAAGGUUGCUUACGAUUACAUCUACAAGGCUUCAAUGGAGCUUAAGAGCAGCAAGAAACUGGCCAAAAUCCUGGAGUUUGUACUUGCAAUGGGGAAUUACCUGAACAAUGGUCAGCCCAAGAGCCACAGGACAACCAGCUUUAAGAUCAACUUCCUAACUGAGUUGAGCACAACCAAAACAGUGGACGGGAAAUCCACCUUUCUCCACAUUCUAGCCAAGUCCCUGUGCCAACACUUCCCUGAGUUGCUCAACUUUUCCAGAGACCUAACAACAGUGCCUCUGGCAGCCAAGGUCAACCAGAGGGCCAUAACAGCGGAGCUGAGUGACCUUCAAGCCACCAUUCAGGACAUCAGGACGGCCUGUCAGAAGAUCCCGCCCACCUCUGAGGACCACUUUGCCUCCGUCAUGAGUAGCUUUUUGGAGAACAGCCACCCUGCAAUCCAGUCUCUCGAGUCCCUGCAGACCCGAGUGAUGGAGGAGUUCUCUAAGGUGGCCUCCUACUUCGGAGAGGACAGCAAGUCCACAAAAACAGAGGCCUUCUUUGGCAUCUUUGCAGAUUUCAUCUCCAAGUUUGAGAGAGCUCUAAGUGAGACCCAGACUCCAGAAAACCCCAGAAGCCCCAGACUAUCUUCCCCUCUGGCCUGGUAGAAGCAAGAAAUGUAGGCAGAUGUCGGGCCAAACCAACAGGCCGGUCGUCUCCAUUUUCACUCUGCUCUCCACAACCAAAGUGCCAAGAUCACACACAGAGACACUCAAACCAACGGGAACAGAGAACACGUCAUCUAUAGCAAACAGAAUGGAAAUACACUGUAUUUAUCUGUAGAUAAUCACAACAGUUAAUGAGUGCCGUGUGCAGCAUUGCUGUUUCAGGUGCUGGCUAGAGCAGGAACAUUCAGGUGUCCAGAGGUCAACAGGAACUCACCACACACUGACAACUCAAACCAGUCUUUGCAUUAUUAACAUCUCUUUUAAAUACACAUCACUUAGUAAAUAUUAAAAGAUUCAUUAGAGAAACCAUCCAUAUAUAUUUGAUCAUCCAGUGCAUCUUGAUGCUGCAUUUAAAUGAGUUGUAAGUAAUGAAAACAACUGGUCUGAAUAUUUACAGAUUACUAGUUAUGUUUAAUAUAUGACUAUAUAAAGUUUAUAUUUUCUAUCAGAUCAUAUUUGAAAAUUUUAAAGAUUAAGCGUAGAUGUAGACUGACGACAGUUAUUCAGAAUCUAGGUGAUUCACAGAUGUAGUUUAGCUAGCGUGGACUAGGCUGGACUGCUCAGUGAUCAGACUGUUCAUACAGUGGUGCACUCACUGCCUCCCAUAUAGCAGGAUUUGAUUUAAAAAUAGAAGAUAUUAGAGUUUUUUUCAUCAUGAAUCCACUUUGCUGAUCUAGACUUACAGAUGUCAUUCUUAUCUAACCUAUUGUGAAUUUGAAGAGCAUCUAUUAUGGGAAUUAUAAUAAAAUAAAACAAAUAAUUGUCCUAAUCAA